CUUCCCACUCUUUCUCCCCAAUUCCCAGAUCUAAAUGCCUUUUUUCUUCCCGCUCUUUUUUUCUUUCUCCCUAAUUCCCGUCUAAAUCCUAAAAGGCCCCAAAUCAACGAUUGCAAGCCCCAGUCCAUCUGCCACCGCAACGGGGAAGGCGAUUGCUGUUGUGUGGGCCAAGCAAGAAGCUCGAACAGAUUUGCCGUUACAUCUCAUAGUCUUGGUCUCACCGUCGGCUUGUGUGUGCGUGGGCGGCGCCUAUGAGGAGAAAUUGGUUCUUUAAUUUUUGUGUUGUUAUAGUUUUUUUAUACUUGUUAAUAUUUUGUUCUACAAUCGGCACUGAUUUAUAUUAUUGGAUUCUCCAAAAAUCUCCAAUUGCAUUUCGAGCUAUUCUGGAAAACACUUUUGGGAGUUUGCAAGAACAAAAAUAAAAUCUAAAAUCAACACUUUUUAUUUUUUGGGUUUUGAACAUAUAUUUAAAGUUUAUCAUUGUUAAAUCUUGGUCAUUGCAGAUAUAUGUAAUUCUUGAAUGCUAGAAUAUUAUUCUUAUACACCAAUUUGAAUUUUCUGUGUUGGUUUGGUGCUUCAAGAAAUGAAAAUGGAUAUGAACUGAUUUGGUAUGUGAAAGGGAGACUGUUGGGGUGUACGGUUGGCUCAAACUAAACAAAUUGCUGAGCUCGAGCUCGAGCCAACAAAAAACUGUCGAGUUUGGCUCUUUUACAACCCUAUCUAAAACCCACCCGAAAAAUCUACGCCGACUGGGAAGAUACGGAUCAGACCCGACUCUGAACACAAGUUAUCCAAUCAACCCCACUUGUGAAACCUAAAUGAUUGCAGCUUUAGAUCACUUGUGAAGGUGGACUCUGCAUAGUUGGCGAUUUUCACUCAGAAUGGCAAAAUAUUAUGACAUUGAUGAUAUAUUAGCAGAAGAAGAGCUCGUUCCAUCUGUAUUUCAACAUGCUGCAAAUGAGGUUGGGCUUUUCGACUCAAGUGAUGAUACAAAUAAGGUGGAAGCUGGUUCCAGAGUAGAACUACCCUUCUGGCUGGUCCGUGAAUUGUAUUUGAGACAACUAAUAUCCAUAAGGGUCCCUCCAUGUUUUGAUAGAGAAUCUAAAACACGGGAAGAAAUAGGGGCUGAUGCUGCACAUGUGGAUUUAAGAAGUCGAUGUCUAUAUUUUUAUGAAGUAGGAUGCAAGAUUGCACCACUUGUUGGUGAUAAAACCAUAGGGCCAUUCCUUCUUGUAGCAUUUCGGACCAGAUACAAGGAAGUCCUGAUUAAGGCCCAUACUUUGACACCUGCAGUGGCUCCAAAAUACUUGACACUUCUAACUAAUGAAGAAGCCAAAUUGUAUGAAGCUGGUCAGUCUUCUAUAACAGCAUUCAAGAAAUGGCGGAUGGGUGGGCCCAGAUUCCAAAUGGCUCCAGUUCUAGGGAGGAAGAGGAAACCAACUUGAGUGGCGGGAGUUCACACAUUUGGUUCAUGCAUCUAGAGAGUUGCUAAACUGGUAUUGACAUUUGGGAAGAUUGUCUCAAGCACAAGUCUUCAGAUGUAUUUGCGCUUAUGGAAGUGUCUUCUGUUGUGAUCUGUAUCUCCUCUACAACCUGUGCUUCUGUGGAAAUGGAGACAUCAGAUGGUGCUGGGAAUAAGCUGACAUGACACGUCAUUCAUUUGUUUUAGAUUUCUUGGUUCUGUAGAUCACAUUUGUGACAUGUUCCUUCAUUGGAGAAGGUCAAUUUCAGCAAUUUAUAUAGACUCCAUACUAGAAUGAAUCCUAAUGUUGCAAAGGAGGUUAAUAGCAUGUUGUAAGAAUUAAGAAAUACCAUUUAAACGUGGGGUUGCUAGAUUUUACAUCUGAAGCCCGCAACUUAUUACCUAAUAAUUUGUUCUUAUAUGUCCAAUUUCCCACAUUACGAA